AUGCCGCUCUCCGAGUUGCGUCGGUUGAUACUAUUUCCAGUGCAGCCAUCGGGGCACCACACACCAGCAGUGGUCCAGCUCGACCUGGCGGACCUGUCGUCCAUUGCGGAGAAGGCUCAGCAGGCACUGCGCAUCCACGGCCGCAUCGACAUCCUCGUCAACAGCGGUGGCAUCAGCUACCGCGGGGAAGCGUGCGACACUUCGGUCGAGGUGGACGUCAAGCUCAUGAUGGUCAACUACUUUGGGCAUGUUGCACUUACCAAAGCGAUACUGCCCAACAUGAUCGACAUGAGAGAUGGGACCAUCGUUGCCAUCAGCAGCGUGCAGGGAAAGAUUGGCCUGCCAUUCCGCUCAGCCUAUGCGGCAUCCAAGCACGCAACCCAGGCCUUCUUUGACAGCUUGUUGGCUGAAGUGGCACAGUAUGACGUCCACGUAUGCGUAGUCUCUCCAGGUUACAUACGCACUAACCUCUCAAUGAACGCACUCACUGGCACGGGAUCAGUCUAUGGCGUGAUGGACGAAACAACCGCUACCGGAAUGGCUCCCGAGGACGUGGCUGACAUCGUCCUGGAGGCGGUGGUGAACAAGCGAACUGACGUGGUGAUCGCCAGCUUCAUCCCGCGCCUCGUACUCUUCGUGCGGGUGCUGAUGCCCUGGCUGUACUUCACUAUCAUGAAGGGGCGAGCCAAGCGGUUGCGUCUACAGCAACGUCGGGUCCAAUAGCAAAUACUGGCGCGUUUUGCCCAGCGGGAGCGCGGGGGGCGAACGCUGUGAACUGUUCACCAUUCUGCCACAUGCGGUUUAGCGUAUCUGCAGCAACUUGCUCACUGUGUCGGAGAGGUCUCUUCGGUUUGCCCUGCACUGCGCUGGCUGCGUUGUUCCUGUCUGAAUCUUUGCAAGUGGGUAACAUUGGGGGGGGGGGGGGGG